UAUGCAGUUACUGGACCGUAUGCCAAUCGUAUUUUUGGAGUUGAACUGGGAGUGAAUAAGGAUUGCAUUGUUCAUUCAACUCCCCUAGAAGAUUUUGGUGGUCUUCAUCCUGAUCCAAACUUGACAUAUGCUGCAGCUAUGGUAAAUACCGUUAAAAAUGGCACUUAUGAUAUGGGAGCAGCGUUUGAUGGCGACGGUGAUAGAAAUAUGAUAAUCGGAAGAAAUGCAAUUUUUGUUACACCAUCAGAUUCUUUAGCAGUUUUAGCAUCUCACUUGAAAAUAAUUCCAUAUUUCCAAAAAACUGGAAUAAAGGGAUAUGCAAGAUCUAUGCCUACAAGUUCAGCAAUAGAUCAAGUUGCAAAACAAACGGGAAUACCCUGUUUUGAAGUUCCGACUGGGUGGAAAUACUUUGGUAAUCUUAUGGAUUCAAAUAAUCUAUCUUUGUGUGGUGAAGAAAGUUUCGGUACCGGUUCUGAUCAUAUUCGGGAAAAAGAUGGUAUUUGGGCAUGUCUUGCAUGGCUUAAUAUCAUAUCAAAACUAGGAAAAUCUAUAGAAGAUAUUCUGAAAGACCACUGGAUGAAAUAUGGGAGGAACUUCUUUGUCCGUUAUGAUUACGAAAAUUGUAAUAGUGAUGAUGCAAACAAAGUAAUGAUGGAAGUCGAUACCAAAAUUCAAGAAGCUAAUUUCAAGUCCAGCAAAUUAAGUUUUAAUAAUACAGAAUAUAUUGUCAAAACAGCUGACAAUUACUCAUAUACAGAUCCUAUUGAUGGUAGUACCGCCACCAAACAGGGUUACAGAAUUCUAUUUGACGAUGGUUCACGGAUAAUUUAUAGAUUAUCUGGAACCGGUAGUACUGGAGCUACAAUCCGUGUGUAUAUUGAGUCUUAUAAAUCUGAUCAAUCUGAAAUCUUGAAAGAUGUGCAUGAAGCUCUAAAUCCAUUAGUACAUAUAGCUCUAGAAUUGUGUCAACUGAAAAAACAUACUGGUCGCGACAAACCAACAGUUAUCACAUAAGAGUCGGUUUUUCAACAUUAUCUACUGAUAUGUAGAUAUCCAUAGAUACUCGAAAGAUAAUUUAUACAAAUUCAACACCAUAAAUAUAUCAUAUAUCUAUUAGUUGUGAAUGAACUUUUGUUGAUUUGUGAAAUAAAAAAA